UAAGAAGAAAGACAAAAAGAAAGGGAAAAAACACUUAAUGUGCAGUGGUGAAUUAUGUAUUAAGGUGUGUGUAUAUUUUAAAUGAUAUUAGGCUAUGUAAAAAAGUUGUAGUGCAAAUACAAAUACUGAAUUUGUAUAAACAAAAUGAUAGUGGGUUGUUUAUUUAUUUAUUAUAAUUUGUUUAUUAUAUUUAUUUAUUUUUGGAGGGGGGGUACAAGACAGAACAGAAUGCAUAGUGCACAUCCUCCGCAUAGUGCGUCCACACAUCCACAUGUAUAAAUGUCCUCGAGGAGGUCGCACUUGCAGUCUCUUGGCUUUGGCCCUUGGGCAUGGUGGACUCCCAAUUGAGUGUGUCGUAAGACCUUUUUUUUACUACAACAUAGAAACACUCAUGACAUCACCCAACAAACCAACCAGUGUUUUCAGGGCCUAAUUCUGCAUGUGAAGAAAUAAUGGUAAAAUCAAACAAUAAUAGGCUACAUGACAUGAAAAUAAAGUUGAGACUUAAAAAAAAAUAAAGCUUUCCCGUAAACAGGGGACACUGCGACAUGUAGGCCUAGAACAAUACAGUAAGUAAUUGUUUCUUUCUAAUCAGAAGGCCAGUGUGCUUCUACUCCAGGGAGAAGCAGCAUGUAGUAGGCCAGGGUAAAAGGAAAUGGUACAUGCAUCUUUGUGUUUUAUGGAUAUUCAUGAUACACGAUUUUGAGUUCCAUGUGAAUGUUAACCAACUAGAUCCAGUUCUAUGCUCUGACCUGACCUGAAACAUGUCGAACCAGAGAAAUUAGAAUAGAGGUCGAACUCACAUAUUCCCAUCAUCAUAUUCCUUUUAUGGUCCUCCUGUUGACCGGAAAAGGAAGUGGCGAGUUAUUACGCAUGCGUGUCUGAAGGAGGUCUGGCAAUGUUUUGCAGUUAAUUAUAUCAACAAGCGUGUUGAAAUUGCUCGUUGUAGGAAAGUAUGUCUGCGCCGAUUGAGCUGUAUAGACCGGCCAAGAGGAAAUCAGAAGUGUGGGAAUUCUUUGGGUAUAGGAAAGAUGCCACUGGACGGCUGGUUGAAGAUCGCCAUCCUAUCUGCAAAACAUGUGGAAGGAGAAUCGCGGCAAAAGGAGGGAACACCACCAAUUUAAUGUCCCAUCUGCGCGACAGACACCCAGAACUUUUUAGACGGAUGAAGUGUAAACAGUAUGAAAACCAGUGUCACAACCUGCAAGACCUGCAAGUCCCCCUGCAAGUCCCCCCGCAACCAAAACCAACGAAACCCGAACCUCCGGCCAAGCUCGUCCAGUUCAGGACCAAGAUACUGGCCCUCAUGGAGUCUCUGAUGGUGAAAACCACCUCAGAAAUUGUUUCCAUAUUUGACCACAUCUACAUGGACACAGAAAACGAGUUGAUGAAAACAAGAAAACAAGUGGAAACCCUCACACAGAGAUUGGAGGAACGGGAGCAGCCGUGUGCUCCAAAUGCACAUCAGGAUCAGCAUCGGCCCAGUGAUCAAGUUGGGGAACAACAGGAGCCGUUGCAUAAUGCACUGGCCCACAGGCAACCUGCUCCAGAGAAAACUGAGGCCAUGGAACUAUCCCUGGCGUGUACGAUGGUGAAAGUAGAGAACCAAGUGAAUAUGGAGCCAGCAGUGCAGCCAUAUGAGUACCAGAUAAUGUUGAGCAGUGUGACAGACGAGCAGCAGGAGCUGCUGACUUCUCCAGUGAGGUCAGCAGAGGCUGCAGGGGACCGGCAGCCCCAUCAGAUGAACCUGCGGGCAAGAGCUGCCACUACCACAGCAGAACAGCACCAUAGUGAAUGGGAAGAAGAGGAGGACGAGGAGGAGGAGGAGGAGGAGGAGGAGAUGGAGGACAGCAUUGAGGAUCCAGAUUUCUGCCCCACUUCAGAGUCAGACCAGGCUGACCUGCCCCCGCUGCCUCAGCAGCAUGGCCGACCUCCUGGUAGGGAGAACUUCACCCCCUUUUCACCCCCACAACAGAUCACAAGCCCUGCUCAGGUCCUCCAAACUCAAGAUGAACCACGUGCAAAAUAUAGAAAAAUAAGGGUGCAUCUUAAAGACUUUCCUACUUGGCAAAUGUUUAAAAUGCAAUGCCUGGAGUCUUUGGGUGCGCCAAACAACCCCUCAGGCGUCCGCCCUUCUGUACAGUUUGAUGACCUCCUCAACAGCAUGAAUGGAGGUCUCCUCGGUGAUCAAGUCGAGUCGGCAGAAAAGCAACUGUCCCUCGUGCAGCAGCCUCCGCAGAUGAACCUGCAGACAACAGCCUCUGCUGGUCCUGAAGAACUGAGCUCCAGUAUGUCCUUGGAGCCGUCAGCCGCUGCAGUGCAGGAUAUUGAAGCCAGCGCUGUUCCGGAAUCUGACCAGGCAGCAUCUCCUGUUGCAAGGCGCCGUGGUCGCUCGGCAGGAUGGACCCCAUCACCGUCGUCGUCACCAAAUCUUCCACUCAGGAGCUGCACAGCCACGUCAAGCACCCAGAGCGGAGCUGAGGACACUUCUGAGAAACUGGAUACUAGCUUCGCAAUUGUGGACGCAAGAUCCUUGCAGCAGAAACCAGCUGACUCUGUCGCAGAGGAGACUCCAAAUGAUUUGCUGCCUGAAGGUGGGAUUAAAGGGGGCUCGUCUGACAUGAAAUCUAAAGCUGAUGAGCGGACAGAUCUCCAGGGAGAGGAUGAUGUAUCAAGAAGAAGUUUUGAACUGACGAGUGAGGAGAUUCCCAGGAAAAGACGAAGAGUGAUAGAAGCAGAGUGUAAACAUGAUGUCAACGGUGCCCUACAUCCUGUCGAAAAAAUCAUCAAGAAAAGAACUGCAGAAGAUGGUGAAAAGGAGGUGCGAGUGAAAUGGCUGCCCUGUUCCUCAUGUGGUGCAAAAUGGAGAAACUCCUGGGAGCCAGCAUAGAGAAGUACAUGAGUGACGCUCAGCUGACAUCUGUGGUGCUAUUCACUGAUUCUGAAUGUAUUUUAUGUUACAAGAUUGCUGCUGACAUUGUAUGUUAAACAAUUUACUAUUUAGUAGAUUUAGACAACUGGAACCUUUUAUUUUUUAUAAUAUAGAAUGUACUUGAUGAUGUGAUAGGAAAAAGGACCACAGUUCUCAUUUAUUACAUGAUUGUAGAUUUUUCAUAUACAAUCUUUGUCUAAACUGCCUCUUUAAAAUGCUUUUACAAAUACCUCUUUAGAUGCCAAAUUGAUACACAGUGUGGCCAAAAAAGAACCGUCGCCAUACAAAUAAUCGUCACACACACUAAUAUGUUGUUGUAUCGCCUUUAGCGUUGCUUACGCCACAGAAUCGGUGGUGUAUUGUUUCAAGAAACUUCUACAUUGUCUGUCUGGAUUUAUUCCCUUCCAGUGUUGUAUUAAGUUUUAAUCACAAUCUUGUAUUAAUGGUAGAGCCUGAACGAUGUGUAAAGUCUGGACUCUGUGGUGGCCAAUCCAUGUGUAAAAAGGAUGUUUAAUGCUCCCUGAACCAUGCUUUCAAAUUUCAGCCCAAUAAGUCUUGUUAUUGUCAUGUUGGAAUAUUACAGUUCCAUCAGGAAAGAAAAAAAGAUUAGUGGAAUUGUCUGUUCAUUCACUAGGCCUAUGCUGUCUGCUGUAUUCCUUUGAACACAUAUUGUAGCUGAACCUAGUUAUAAUACCAAAAGUUGCUGAUGCCCAUGAUUUUGAUCCUUCUUAAACAGACUAAAUCUCUUUAACAUGACCCCCAGGAUCUGUCUUCUGACAUAGGUAGUUGUAAAAGAAAUGAGAAGCAAGUCAUUGCACCAGAGGGGUUUAGGGUGCUAAAGAGUAGGUAAUGUUUUCAGUUGCUUUGGUUUGUCUGUCAGCAGGAUUACUCAAGAAGUACGGACUGAUUUGGAUGAAAUUUAGUGGAGUUGUUGGAAAUGACUUAAGGAGCAAGUGAUUACUGCUUGGAGAUGGUCCGAAUCCAGGAUUUACCACUGUGGAAUGGGGACAAUUUUCACAUUCUAGUUUCUAACUCCACAAAGACAAGACAGAAAGAUGUAUACAUGUAUAAAAUACAUUUAGGGUGUAGUAACAUAGUCAAGUGGCCUAUCAAACAGGAACAAUAGGAAAAGUUUGGAGGGCUACAAUGUUUUUGGUUGGUAGUCUGAAGGUGCUCUUUGGUCAAAAAAUGGAAGCCAAAGAAACGAGGUAUCCAAGGCACUCUUCCCAAAAAAGUUAAAAUAGCUUUAUUAAAUGGCUAAAUCAUAGUAGAAAAGUUAAAAACGCCAACAUGUUUCGGCCAAGGAGUGGCCUUCAUCAGGGCAGAGUCUAUUAAACAGCUUCCUUGGCGGAGGUCUGCACUCUCUGAGUGCAUUUCUAUUUACACAUGCAUUGGCCACCACACAGUCCAGAGCUCAACCUCAUUAAAAUCUUUGGGAUGUGCUGGAAGACCAGGACUCCCUGGCAGAAGAGACUCCCAGUCUCAAUGGGACAGUUCUAGAUAAAUGAAGGAUACAUGAAAAAUAAAAAAGGCUUUCCACAGUGUUUAUAGUGUACCAUCAACAAUUCAAGAUCCCGAUACAAGGCUAGAUGGAAAUACGUAAUUCCAGUCCAGACAUUGCAGACGUUUAUUGAAGCAAUUCAUAUUAGUGUGCAAACAUUUUUUUGUGGUGAUGACAUUUUUGUGUGUGGCUAGGCUGUGUAUUUGCCGACAUCAAAUUACCUCUUUAUACUAAUUUUUUAUGUGCAAAGAUCAGGCCUUUAGAAUAGAUUGUUUUAGUGCCUACAUGUGCAUAACCUUUGCGCUCUUUGUUUUUUUUUUCAAACAAUGUCUUACACUGUUAAAACAUGAACACACAUGUAAUAAAAAAGCUAUGUUUUGUUAUCAGA